GCCGGAAGCUGCACGUGGGUGGCCGCGAUGCCCAAGUCCAAGCGGGACAAGAGGGUCUCCUUAACAAAAACCACCAAGAAAGGUUUGGAAGUUAAGCAAAACCUGAUAGAAGAGCUACGAAAAUGUGUAGACACCUACAAGCGUCUUUUCAUUUUCUCCAUUGCCAACAUGAGAAACAACAAACUGAAAGAUAUUCGCAGUGCUUGGAAACACAGCAGGAUAUUUUUUGGGAAAAACAAAGUGAUGAUUGUGGCACUGGGUCACAGCCCUUCGGAUGAAUACAAAGAUAACUUGCAUGAGGUCAGCAAGCAUCUACGGGGAGAGGUCGGCCUCCUUUUCACGAAUCGCACCAAGGAUGAAGUUAUAAACUGGUUUUCCCAGUUCAGUGAGACCGACUUUGCCCGGGCUGGAAACAAGGCCACCUUCACGGUCAACCUGGAUAUGGGACCCCUGGAUCAGUUUUCCCAUUCCAUGGAGCCUCAGCUAAGGCAGCUUGGAUUGCCCACCGCCCUGAAGAAAGGUGUGGUGACGCUGAUCUCCGAUUAUGAGGUUUGCAAAGAGGGAGAUAUCCUGACCCCAGAGCAAGCUCGGAUCUUGAAACUCUUUGGAUACACAAUGGCAGAGUUUAAGGUGAUGAUCAGAAGCAUGUGGGAUGCUGAGACGGGAGAAUUUGAGCAGCUGGAGACCCCCACAGGGGACCGUUCAGGAACGAUGGAGGAAGAGGAGAAGGAGGAGGAUGAAAGUAAUGAAGAGAACUAGGGCAGAAAAAAGGCCUAUAGACUUUGUUUUUUUUAAGAGUUUCACAACUCCUGUUCUCUUCUUAAUGGAGGACUGAACUAAUAACCUAAGGAUACUGUCAUAAUAUGACUUUUUAAAAGGAUGAAUAUAUAUAUUUGUGUGUGAAUAUGUCU